UUAAUAAGACAUACAUAUAAAAAGAGUCAGCUGGAAUUAAUAAGACAUACAUAUAAGAUGAUGAACACAAUUGGCAUGAUCUUCAUGGCCACUCUGUGGAUCCUUAUCAUGCGUUCUCAAAGCAGCGACUGCCCUCAGCCUCAGGGCAUAACUCUAGAAGGCAGUGUUCUACUUACCUUCAAGUGUAGAUUAAAUGAUACUCUCAAUAUUCUUACAACCUGGGGCAAAACACAGGACCCUUGCGAUGGUACUUGGAAUGGUAUCACCUGCGACAGUGAAAACGUGACUGAAAUUCUCCUUGAAGAUAACCUGCUCGGAGGCGAACUGGGCCCGGAACUUUCAAAUUUGACAGAGCUACAAACUUUGAAUCUGGGUAACAAUAACCUAACCGGACAAAUACCUAAAGAACUUGGACUUCUUACCAAUUUGAGGGAUAUGGAUCUAGAAAACAAUCGGUUUACCGGUUCCAUUCCGCCGGAACUUGGAAAUUGUACUAGCUUGAUCUAUCUCACAUGUUUACGCAACAACGAAGAAUUGUGCCUCAACCCACCUAACAAUAUAUGUUGCCCAAAGUGAGAUUAAUUGAUUCGCUCAACGCUUCUUCUGAUCCACCAGUAAAGUUCGAAAGGCAUCACAUACACACAUAUAUGAUGCUUAAUUAAUUGAAUUAUAAGCUGGUGAAUCUUCACAGCACCUAUGUACCGCCACUUUUUGAUUCCAUUAAUCCACUGAAAUUAUCAUUUCAAUUUCAAUUUCAAUAAAAUGUUAUAUUUUCGUCGAAAUUUCAUCUUUUUUCUUAUUGUCAAUCGAACAUGUUUGUUGAAAUAUUAAUCAGUGCUAAUUGUCGAACGGAAGAAUAUUAUGAUCAUGGCUUGUCAACAAAAAAAGAAAAAAAAAUAAAAA